CCGAUUUCCAAUGAGUAGACAAUUCUUCAACAAUUUAUGGUUUGCAUUUGGUAGCUAUAAAUAGCCCUCUAUUUCUCAUUUCCCUCACAAUUCUUAAGGAAUUGAAGAACAAGCAUUCCAUCUUGUAUGCACUACAUAUAACACUGUAUCAAAUACUAUACAAUUAAAUAUGGGCCGUAUUAUGCCGGUCACCAUAGCUUUAGCCAUUGUAGUUGUAGCCUUGGUUGCGUCUCCAUUGGCGUGUGCAUAUGAUCCCGACAAGUUGCAGGACUUUUGUGUGGCCAUCAAAGACUCAGACGCUAAUGUGUUUGUAAACGGAAAGAUCUGCAAGAACAUAGCAGAAGUAAAUGCUGAUGAUUUCUACUUGCAAGCCCGCUUUAACAUCCCACGAAACACAUCAAACCUGUUUGGAUAUGUGCGGACGCCAAUAGGAGCGGAACACCUACCAGGACUAAACACGAUGGGUAUUUCAAUAGGGCGUGUGGACCUGGGACCGUAUGGAGUGAACACUCCCCACAUCCAUCCUCUAGCAACCGAGGUCGUCACGGUGUUGGAGGGGAGAAUAUAUGUUGGAUUCAUUGACUCUAGGAACAGAUUGUAUGCCAAGACGCUCCUUCCCGGAGACAUUUUUGUACUGCCAAAAGGACUCGUUCAUUUCUUGUACAAUACCGGAGAGCGCAAUGCAGUUGUCUAUGCUGCUUUUGGGAGCCAAAACCCAGAAGCCCUCCAUUUACCCAACACUAUUUUUGACAGUGAUCCUCCCGUUCCUCUUGAAAUUCUUAGUAAAGCUUUCUUAUUAGACAAGACUGUGAUUAGCCGUAUCCGGUCCCAGAUUCGGUCAGGAUUUUCGGAGUGAGACCAGCACGUACUCAUGCAUGCAUGAUGCAUGCAGCCAAUCCGGGGAAAGCUAGUGGUUAAUAAAGGAACCUCUAUAUAUAGAUAAGCAAUAAAUGUAUGUGUUAUUCGAUGAAGAUCAAGGCAUGCAUAUAAUAAUGUAUUACGGAGUAUAAUAUUUGUCCUUUUCUUAUCUUGUUAUAUGACUCGGGUAAAAAUAUAUUUGUGAGUGCUCUUAUUGAGGCAAUCUCUUACAUUAUUUCACAUGGUAUCAGAGCUCAUGAUUGUAUUUCCUCUCGUCUGGGAAAAUCACAACGUUUACACUUUUCAGAUGCUAUUUAUUCAUCUUCCCAGCCUCUAUAUUUAAUUUAUUCUGAUGUUUCAUAGUCUCAUGUUCUCUGUAAUUUAGGCUUUAAAUACUACUACCUCCGUCC